GUACACGCCCCGCACGGCAGAACUUUUGCGAGUGCAGCAGACUUCAAAUAACUCUGUGAGCGUUGUCCCACUGCAAAUUCAUCAACACGAGACCUUAAUGGCUGCACUGUGAGGAUUAGAAAAGCAAAGGAAAGAGCUUUGGCGGCAGUGAGAAGUAAAGCGUCAAAGGAUUGAUGAUCUGAUAGCCAUGCGCACGCUCGUGGCUGUGUUCGUUUGUGUCUUGGCGACGGUAACCGCCCAGCAACCUGACCUCGCCCAUGGCUGUACCCACAGCAGCUGUUACCCGGCAACCGGUGACCUGCUGGUGGGCCGUGAGAAGAGCCUGAAGGCGUCAUCCACCUGCGGCUCGCGGAGGAAAGAGCCCUACUGCAUCGUUAGUCACCUGCAGGAGGAGAAAAAGUGUUUCCAGUGUGACUCCCGACGCCCCUACGACACCUUGUACAACACCAUCAGCCACCGCAUUGACAACCUCAUCACCAUCUACAAGCCGCACCGCAAGAAGUCCUGGUGGCAGUCUGAGAAUGGAAAGUCUGAUGUUUACAUCCAGCUGGAUCUGGAGGCAGAGUUUCACUUCACCCAUCUCAUCAUGACGUUUAAGACAUUCCGUCCAGCUGCAAUGCUGAUUGAGCGCUCAGCGGAUUUCGGGCGCACCUGGCAGGUAUAUCGUUACUUUGCGUACAACUGCGCCUCCAUAUUCCCAGGGAUAUCCCCGGGUCCCCUGCUCAAGGUGGAUGAUGUCAUCUGUGAGUCACGAUACUCCGACAUUGAGCCGUCCACGGAGGGAGAGGUGAUCUUCAGAGUCCUGGACCCUGCUAUCAGAAUUGAAGACCCAUACAGCCCUACCAUUCAAAAUCAGCUGAAGAUCACAAACCUGCGUGUGAACUUCACUAACCUGCACACUCUGGGUGACAACUUGCUCGACUCGCGAGUGGAGAUCAAAGAGAAGUACUACUACGCCAUGUAUGAGCUGGUCGUCCGCGGCAACUGCUUCUGCUAUGGCCACGCUUCUGAGUGCGCCCCCAUCACUGGAAUCAAGAACAUUGAAGGCAUGGUACACGGGAGGUGUGUGUGCAACCACAAUACCAAAGGAUUGAACUGUGAGCAGUGUGACGACUUCCACAAUGACCUGCCCUGGAGGCCAGCCGAGGGCCGCAACACCCACGCCUGCAAGAAAUGCAUCUGUAAUGGCCACUCGUCCCAGUGCCACUUCGACAUGGCGGUGUAUCUGGCCACGGGGAACGUUAGCGGAGGCGUCUGUGACAACUGCCUGCACAACACCAUGGGCCGCAACUGUGAGACGUGCAAACCCUUCUACUACAAGGACCCAAACAAAGACAUCAGACACCCAGGAGUCUGUGUGGCUUGUGACUGUGACCCAGACGGCUCUGACAACGGGGGUGUGUGCGACAGCCACGAUGACCCCGCCCUGAGAACGAUCGCGGGCCAGUGCCGCUGCAAAGGGCACGUGGAGGGAUCGCGGUGUGACAAGUGCAAACCCGGCUUCUACGGCCUGAGUGCAGACAACCCACAAGGCUGCCGGCCCUGUAUGUGUGACCCGCGAGGUACGGUGUCGGGCAGUGAGCAAUGUGACCCCGUGAGCGGGGACUGUUUCUGCAAGCGCCUGGUCACUGGACGCAGCUGUGACCAGUGCCUGCCGGAGCAUUGGGCCCUGAGCCACGACAUGAAUGGGUGCCGGGCCUGCGACUGUGACAUAGGGGGAGCCACAGACAACCAGUGCACCAUGGAGACGGGGCAGUGUCGUUGCCGUAGCCACAUGAUGGCCCGCCAGUGUAACCAGGUGGAGGCUGGCUUCUUCUUCAUGGCUCUGGACUACUACACCUACGAGGCUGAGCUAGCCAAACUGGGCCAGGGCUGCAGUGUGGAAGAGCGGGAUCUUCAGGAGGGCCGCUCAGCUUCCUGGACCGGUACUGGUUUUGCUCGCGUGCCUGAGGGCAGCAGCCUGGAGUUCACCAUCAGCAACAUCCCCUACUCACUGGAGUACGACCUACUUAUUCGCUACGAGCUCCAGUUGCCACGGGACUGGGAGGAGGUCCGUGUGACAGUGGUGCGACCGGGGCCCAUCCCCACCAGUAGCCCCUGUGGGAACACCAUCCCUGCAGACGACCUGCUCACAGUAUCCUUGCCUGCUGGAUCCAGAUAUCUGGUCCUGUCCCAGCCCAUUUGCCUUGAGAAAGGAGUGACCUACACCAUGCGUCUGGACUUCAGCCGCUACUCCGACCGCAACAGCAUCUCCAGCGUGGCUAACCCCAGCAUACUGGUGGACUCUAUUGUGUUGCUCCCUCGCUACUCCGCCUUGGAGAUGUUCAUCGCAGGCGACCCGGCUUCCAUCGCCAGGAAGCAGAGCUACGAGCGCUACCGUUGCCAUGACACCGGCAAGGGCGUAACCCGGCCCCAGAUCAGCGACGUGUGUGCCAAACUCAUCACCAGCAUGUCCGCCAUCAUCAACGACGGAGCUCUACCGUGCCAGUGUGACCUUCAGGGGUCAGUGAAUUUUGAGUGUGACUCCCGUGGAGGUCAGUGCCGCUGCAGGCCCAACGUGAUUGGCCGCCGCUGUGACCAGUGUGCUCCUGGCACCUAUGGAUUUGGGCCCUCUGGGUGCAAAGUGUGUGAGUGCAAUGCCGAGGGCUCCCAGACACGCUUCUGCGACCGGAUCACAGGCAAGUGUUCGUGCCGCACCGGCGCCUUCGGGCCCAUGUGUGACGGGUGCCAGCCCGGGCACUGGGGCUUCCCCAACUGCAAGUCGUGCCAGUGCAGCGGGCUGGCCGAGGAUUGCCACCAGAAGACGGGCGCCUGCCUCAACUGCAAGGGCAAUGCAGCCGGAGACAACUGUGAAAGAUGUGCCAAUGGUUUCUACGGCAACCCCGCGCUUGGCUCAGGAAGCCAAUGCCGCCCCUGCCCAUGCCCAGAAGGUCCCAACAGCAGGCGCCACUUCGCGGCUUCCUGUCACCAGGACCCACGCAGUAGACAGGUGGUCUGCAACUGCAACCAGGGGUAUACAGGUAUUGUUAAGCGCUCUGAAGGCACCAUCCUCAAGCGCGCUCGCUGUGAGGAGUGUGCCCCCGGGUACUAUGGCAACCCCUCUCAGCCAGGGGGGCGGUGCCAGCCGUGUCGCUGUAACAACAACCUCGACCUGUCAGACCCCACGUCAUGUGACCAGCGGACGGGAGAGUGCAGGAAGUGUCUCUACAACACAGAGGGGCCCGACUGUGGCGUGUGCAAGAGCGGUCACUAUGGUGACGCCUCUCGGCGUAAUUGCAGAAAGUGUACUUGUAACUUCCUGGGCACGGCACGUAACCAGUGUGCGGCGAAGGAAGACUGUGUGUGCCAACGCACCUCUGGCCAGUGCCAGUGUCUGCCUAACGUGAGCGGUCUCACCUGCGACCACUGUGCCCCCAACUCAUGGAACCUGGCCAGCGGGCGAGGCUGUGACCCAUGCGGCUGUGACCCCAACAAUGCCUACGCCUCAGCCUGCAAUGAGUUCACAGGCCAGUGUCAGUGCCGUGCAGGUUUUGGUGGAAAGACCUGCCGUGACUGCCAGGAGAACUUCUGGGGCGAUCCUAGUGUUCAGUGCAGAGCUUGUGACUGUGACACCCGUGGCAUUGAGACGUCUCAGUGUAACCGGAUGACAGGCCACUGCGUGUGCCAGCAGGGAGUAUCGGGGGUGCGCUGUGACCAGUGUGCCCGCGGUUUCUCUGGCACCUUCCCCAACUGCCAGCCCUGCCACCAGUGCUUUGGGGAUUGGGACCGCAUUGUUCAGGACCUGGCAACCAGAACUAAAUCCCUCGCAGAACGGGCCCGAGAAAUCCAGACGACUGGCUUGACUGGACCGUACGAGAAAAGGUUCCGGGAGCUUGAGGAGAAGCUUGCUCAGGCACGGGGUAUCGUCAACGCCCGGAACGCCACAGCAGAGGCCGUCACCACCCUGAUGGGCAUGAUCGAGGAUCUGAGAUCCCGCAUUGGUGAGACCACAGACACACUGAAUCGUCUGGAGGGAGACCUCACCAAUGUUCAGGACAACAACUACAAAGCUAGUAAUGAGCUGAGCAUCCUGGAGAGAGAGGCCAAGGCGCUCAACCUGACCUGUGAUGGCCACAACCGCCAGUUGGACAUCCUCAAGAACUCCAACUUCCUUGGUGCAUAUGACAGCAUCCGCAGCUCCCACAACAAGUCUCGAGAUGCAGAGCGCCGUGCCAACCAGGCGACCACAAACAUUCCCAGCACUGUUAGCCAAUCAGCUGCCACUCGCCGCAAGACUGAGCGACUCAUCGCUGAUAAGAAAGAUGACUUUAACCGCAAGAACGCUGCCAACAAGCGAGCCCUACUGGACCUCAAUGCCAAGGCACAGAACCUGGACAUGAAGAAGCUGAAUGAGAAGGUCUGUGGUGCACCUGGUGAUGCCCCUUGUGAAGAGAGUCCGUGCGGUGGAGCUGGCUGCCGUGACGACAACGGGAAGCGGCACUGCGGUGGCUUAAACUGCAACGGUGCCGUGGCCAAGGCUGACGGUGCUCUGGACAAAUCCAAACAUGCCGACAAAGAGCUGAACCGAGCUAUGGCAGAGGUGGAAGGCCUCUUCCAGAAGGUGGCAGAUGCUAAGUCAAAGGCCGAGGAGGCAAAGGACAAAGCCAAGGCAGCACUGGAGAAAGCCAACGACACCAAGAACAAGGUGGAACGCUCCAACAACGACCUCCGCGACCUCAUCAAGCAAAUCCGUGACUUCCUGACGCAGGAAGGUGCUGACCCCGACAGCAUUGAGAUGGUGGCCAAUCGUGUCCUGGAGCUGUCCAUCCCAGCCUCCCCUCAGCAGAUCCGCCACUUGGCCGAGGAGAUCAAGGACCGUGUCAGGAGCCUGUCCAACGUGGAUGCUAUUCUGGAACAAACGCAGGACGACGUGCGGAAGGCUCAGCAGCUGCUUCAGAACGCCAAGAGAGUCAGGAACCGAGCAGAGGGGGCGAAGAAUGCAGCAGAUACAGUGAAGAAGGCACUGGAGGAUGCCCGCAAGGCCCAGGCCACUGCAGAGAAGGCCAUUAAAAAAGCCAAGGAUGAUAUUGGAAUCACUGAGAACUGGCUCGCUCAGAUCCAGUCUGAGACGACUGCCAGUGAGCAGGACCUGAAUGAAGCCAUGGACAGGCUGGGUACCUUAAGCCAGGAGAUCGAUGCCCUGAAAGCCAAACGUGCCACCAACAGCAUGGAUGCAGCUCGAGCAGAAGAGACGGCAACCAUGGCACGAGACAAAGCCAACGAGGCCAAACAGAUUCUGGACGGAGAGCUGACUGAUAAGUAUCGCACAGUACAGGAUUUGGUGGACACGAAAGCCAAAAAAGUGCAAGAUGCCAAGAAGAAGGCAGAGCGUCUGAGAGACGAGGCCAAGGAGCUGCUGAGGGAUGCCCAGAACAAGCUUCAGAGAUUGGCAGAGCUUGAGAAAGACUAUGAGGAAAAUCAGAAAACUUUAGAAGGUAAAGCCCGGCAGCUGGACGGACUGGAGGAUAAAAUGAAGGCCAUCUUGAAUGACAUCAACAAGCAGAUUCAGAUCUACAACACCUGUCAAUAAACAGCCUGAUCCCUGCACAGCUCGUCUACAGUUCAAAACACUCCAAAACUACUGAAUCAUCUCCUAGGAAAGGUGCUGCACUGACCAUUCAUGUGUUAAAUUCAGACGACCAAUGGUAACUGCCUCAAAAACUAACAGCUAAAAGCAAUCCUACAUUACAUGGCCUCAGAACUGCUGUUUCUGUUCUCACAACAAAGGAUGAAAGUGCCUAAGUGUUCUAAUACAAAACAUGAUGAAUUAUACAGUAUAAUUUUCUUUCGUGAUAGUCAAUGUAUACAUGUACAUGUUUGUGAAAUUUGUGUAAAUACAUUAAGAAAAAUUGUGUGAUUUUUAUUUAAUGAAUUGGAGAUAAGAGUUAUCAAAUACUGUAAUUCAUGUCUGUUUGGAAAAAAAACUGACAAAAAAAACCCAGAUCUUUACCUCCAAAAACAUGCCUUUUGGUUCUUUGAAGAUAACAUUUGAUAUCAAUUUUUAAAACAGAGUCUGUGACGUUGAGAACAUCAGUUUAUAGACACGUGGAAUAUUUUUGUUUGAAUGUGUAUUCAUUAAAAGAGAAACGAUUAUAAAAAAUA